AUGUGGAAUAUCUGUUCUACCAAAAGUGAAUUUGAAAAGUUGACUAUCCCAUUCCUUUCUCAUGAAGUGAGUGCGGGCGGAAUCAGAGCAUUGCUGAAGAUCGUCAAGGGUAUAGAAGAUUUACCUUUCCCGUCAACGUACAAGAGAGUACAGUCCUUCUUAGGAAGUGUGAAUUAUUACAACAAGUUCAUUGAAGACUUACCAGUAGUUGCCGCUGUGCUCGACGAACUGGAUGAAGAACGUGUACGGAACCUGGAAGCCGCGAAGAAGUCCUUCGAGAUACUAAAACGUACUAUCGUGUCGACCCCGUUGUUGCGGCACUCAGACAAAGCCAAGCCUUUCGUGACUAUUCCGCACGCUAACCCGUGGGCGGCGUGUGCAGUUUUGAGUCAGGAACAUGAAGGACUCAUACACCCAGUAGGAUUUACUGGUAGAGUGUUGAAGGAAUCGGAGUUACGCUACCAUAUAGCCGAGAAGGAGAAAGAUGAGGACGGUCUUGUGGCCAUCCUUGAACGAUCCGGUAUCACCUCAAGGAAACAUUUGGACAAAGCUGCAGAAACUCUGACUCCCGCCAAGGGCCGUCUGAACGUGAUGCCACCUGUGAGUCUGGAAAUGUUAGACGCGAACUAUGAAGGCUACGUUCUGAGUUUCAAUGGUGCUGCAAAGGUUACCACCCGUGUGGGUGAUAUUGUGGGAGCUGCCAGGAUGGCAGGUCGGCACAUCUUAGAAGGCGUAACAGCCAACGAUGCUGAAUACCAUGGUUUAAUUCUAGGUUUAAAGCUCGCUUUGCAGUUCGAUGUCAAGGAACUCGUGGCCGUCGGGGAUUCCAGGAUCGUCGUCCAACAAGCUCAGAGACUGAUUAAUUGCAAUCAGCCUACUAUGCAACGACGAUUAGCUGAAUAUGAGGAUCUCAGGAAGGAUUUUGCGUCUGUGAAGUUGAUUCGUGUCAAACGUGAAUUCAACCAAGCGGCCAACUACUUGACCUCUAAGACUCUCGUGCUUGGAGAAUCGUGGGAGCUCAAUUACCCAGACGAGAUAGUUUACCUACGUCUCGUAUCUAGAAUCCCUGAAAAGAUCAUGAAACCUUCGGAAAUCCCAGAUACUUCUGCGACCGAUGCAGUUCGUACGGACCAAGUCGAACUUGGAAGGAGAAAUCCCGACCUCGGAAUACCUGAAACUUUAGCUGCCGCUGCUGAGGCAUUGAUGGUGAUGACGAGAACCCGUGCAGGAGUAGACAAGGAAUCCCGGAGUUCCGUAGACCGGUCUGGAUACCAGGAUGAACGUUGGAGAAAAAUAAAGGUUCACCACGACGAGGAUCCGUGGAUUCAGCAAAUGAAAAAGGUUCUAAAAGGAGAUGUGUCAGAUCUUUCUAGGAAACAAGUGAAGAAGAUUGCUAAGGUUUCCGAUCCGUUUGUGCUGGAUUCGCGAGAAAUCCUUUACAGACUGAGUGCACCCACUCCAGAUAGACCACGCAAUAAACAGUCAGAGCUCAGACUAGUGGUCCCAGAGUCCUUACGUGCCGAUAUGUUACAUUACUCACAUGAAGAUUUUCGGGGUGGCCACCAAGGAAUCAACCCGACAUUUGAGCGCUUACGCUCAGAGUUCUACUGGGUCGGGGUGUAUGCCGACGUUCAGAAGUUUGCGAGGGAGUGCGUAGACUGUGCGUCAGCCAAGGGGCGACCACCUGUUGCCGGCCCGUCUCCUGGCAACCAAAGUAUCCGUUUGAGGUGGUCUCUAUUGAUUUUGUCACUUAGCUAUCUAAGUCCGAUCGAUCAAUUCCCAGGAUACGUCAUGUGUAAACCCGUACGGAAUGCCGAAGUCCAAGAUGUCGCUGAGGCAUACGAGGAAUGCGUAUUACGAAGAUUUGGGGCAAGUUCCAUGAUCCGACAUGACCAGGAUCCCCGUUUUAUGAGCAAAGUAUUCGCAAGAUUCAGAGACCUUCUGAAAAGCAAGCAACGUGCGACGUUAGGAUACCGGCCUCAGGCCAAUGGACAACAAGAACGCUCUGUCCAAACCGUGAUGCGAAGUGUCAGAGCGUAUGUCGCUGAAGUUGACCAGAGCGACUGGGACGAACAUGCACAACGUCUCAUGUUUGCCUUGAAUACCUUGUUCGACACUGCAAGCUUAGACACCCCGUUUUACCUGGGCCACGGCAGGAAUGACCAAGGGACCAUAUCCGCAAUGCUGGGUCCGAAACCAUCCACAGCCAGGAACGAACAGCCUUGGAAUGGCGUCGUAAAACGAUACGGGAUUAUAGCUAUGCACUGGCAUGCGCUGAAGACCUGCAAAAGAAAGCGAAACGCGUGA